UGGACAACAUGGGUGAUACGGCUCCAGAAGGAAUUCAAAACUUAAAUAUAAACGAAAAGGCAGGAUUUUAAACAAUAUCUUACAGUUUUAAUAUCAAAACUAUACGUUCUCUGAGUGAUGCUUAAGUUAUUCAACUUUCGUAGAGUUUACUUGGUCCGCUGCAAAGAAACCUAUGCCACAUGGUCCAAAACUAAAGCUAUGAAGGAAAAGAAAAAGAAAGAAGAGAAUUCUGGUGGCGUAUCAGAGCUGAACCCAUGGCCGGAAUACAUCCAGAAACGGCUGGAUCUAUGGGACAAAUAUAAAGCUAAAUAUGCUGAAGAGUUAGCAGCAAAACCAGAUUUGAGCAUAGUUGUCACCUUACCUGACGGCAAAACAGUUGAAGCUAAAGCUUGGAAGACUACCCCAUAUGAUGUUGCAAAGGGUAUUAGCCAAGGCUUAGCAGACUCCACCAUCAUCGCCCGAGUAAACAAUGUACUCUGGGACCUGGACAGACCGCUGGAAGGUGACUGCAAGCUGGAACUGCUGCGGUGGGACAACACCGACGCCCAGGCCGUCUUCUGGCACUCCUCUGCGCAUAUGCUGGGUGAAGCUAUGGAGAGGGUGUAUGGAGGAUGCUUAUGUUAUGGUCCACCUAUAGACGAAGGGUUCUAUUACGACAUGUACUAUCCAGAAAAGGGGAUCUCAUCAUCAGACUUCAAUGUUCUCGAAGGUCUUGUGAAGAAAAUAGCAAAGGAGAAACAGGCAUUUGAACGGCUGGAGUUGACCAAGGAGCAGUUGUUAGAAAUGUUUGACUACAAUCCGUUCAAAGUGAGAAUUCUCAAGGAGAAAGUAGAUACACCGACCACCACAGUGUAUAGAUGUGGGCCGCUGAUAGACCUAUGUAGAGGACCACAUGUGAGGCAUACGGGGAAGGUUAAAGCUUUCAAAGUUACUAAGAAUUCGGCCACAUACUGGGAGGGUAAGGCGGAAGCGGAGAGCCUGCAGCGAGUGUACGGUGUGAGUUUCCCCGAGCCCAAACAGAUGAAGGAGUGGGAGUACAUACAGGAGGAGGCAGCCAAACGGGACCAUAGGAAGAUUGGGCGGGAACAAGAGCUAUUCUUCUUCCACGAGCUGUCGCCGGGGUCGUGUUUCUUCCAGCCGCGCGGCGCACACAUAUACAACACACUCGUCAACUUCAUUAGAGAACAGUACAGGGAACGCGGAUUCCAAGAAGUAGUGACACCGAACAUGUACAACGCGAAGCUGUGGCAGACGUCCGGCCACUGGGCGCACUACGCCGACAACAUGUUCAGCUUCGACGUAGAAAAAGAGACCUUUGCGCUCAAACCCAUGAACUGCCCAGGACACUGUCUAAUGUUCGACAUGCGCACCCGCUCGUGGCGCGAGCUGCCGCUGCGGCUGGCGGACUUCGGCGUGCUGCACCGCAACGAGCUCAGCGGCGCCCUCACCGGCCUCACCCGCGUGCGCCGCUUCCAGCAGGACGACGCCCACAUCUUCUGCGCGCCGCAGCACAUACAGAGCGAGAUGAUGGGCUGCCUAGAUUUCCUGGACAAAGUGUACGGCACCUUCGGGUUCACGUUCCAGCUGAAACUGUCCACGAGGCCGGAGAAGUAUCUCGGUGAUCUUGAAGCUUGGAAUCACGCUGAAAAGGCUCUAGAAGACUCCCUCAACAAGUUCGGUCGUCCCUGGCAGCUCAACCCCGGCGACGGCGCGUUUUACGGCCCCAAGAUCGACAUCACGAUACAGGACGCGCUGCGUCGCUCGCACCAGUGCGCCACCAUACAGCUCGACUUCCAGCUGCCGCAGCGGUUCAAUUUGUCCUACGUGAGCGAGACAGGCGACAAGAAGCAACCGGUGAUCAUCCACCGCGCGGUGCUCGGCUCGGUUGAGCGAAUGAUCGCCAUAUUGACUGAGUCUUACGCCGGCAAAUGGCCGUUCUGGCUGAGCCCGCGGCAAGUACGCGUCGUGCCCGUCGGCCCCGCCUUCGACGAUUACGCCACGCAGGUGAACGAGAAGCUAUUCGCGGCGGGCUUCAUGUCGGAGGUGGACACGGACGCCGGCGACACGCUCAACAAGAAGGUGCGCAACGCCCAACUCGCGCAGUUCAACUACAUCCUCGUUGUGGGUGACCGCGAGAAGACCUCAGGCACAGUGAACGUGCGCACGCGAGACAACAAGGUGCACGGCGAGAUGACGAUAGACGGCCUCAUACAGCAUCUCCAGAAGCUGGUAGACGAGAAGACCCUGUCCGAAGACAGCGAGCUCAUGAAGUAGAAGAAGAGAAGAUGAAGUAGACGGGAGUAUACGAGACGUGCACACUAUGGGGCAUAUUACACUCAUCAAUAUUAUCAUGAUUCCAUGAUAAUAUUGAUGGUGUAAUAAGCCGAAUCGCAGUAUCGCAGUAGUACUUGUGACUCGCGUGAUACUAGAGUCAUGAUAAUAUUGAUGCGUGUAAUACUUGCCUAUGGGUUAUGGAUU